AUGACGUGUCUCCUCCGCCUCUACAUACUGGUAAUUGCUUGUAUUCUGGGGGUGUCAUCAAACGAAACGGCCAGCGCCAUUGAGGGAUGUGAGUACUACAUAAGCAGUAUUUACUGCGAGGGUGCCAACUGGCAGACGUUACCCAAACUGCUCGCUUCAGAGGAUGCAGACUGGAUGUUUUUGAGCUUACGGUAUAACUUUCUGACGACAAUAGAAUCUGGAAGUCUGCCGUCUGGUUUAACUGGAAUCGACUUUCGGAACAACCCGUUGCUAACUAUAGACCCCACAGCUUUCAACGAAUCGUCAAAUUCAAUACACCAGCUUUUCUUUUCUGACGCCAAGUUCACUCAGAUACCUGCAGCACUGGCUGAGUUGAAUGCACUGACGGAUCUUUCCAUAGAAGAUACUUAUAUUUAUACGUGGGAUGAUAACACGAUGAAGCACAUUGGGCUAACUUUAGUGACCCUAAAACUGGACAACGUCAGCUUGUCUUCAUGGCCGGAGUGGCUACAGUAUUUCCCCCACCUUCAGACACUGGAAAUGACCUGCCAAUUCCCGUCAAUCCCUGACAAUGCUUUUGAUGGGCAGGCGGAUAUGUUAAUGACUCUAACAUUAAUUAAUGGCAAUCUAACAGAAACACCGUAUGCUUUUUCUAAUAUUUCCUUUCUGUCCACAUUAGUGUUGGAUAAUAAUAAUAUUUCUAGAUUAAACAGCCUUCCUAACUCUGGCAGCCUAUCAUCCUUUAGUAUUACCAAUAACCGUUUGUCUAACGCCACGCACUUAAGCGGCGUACUCAGAUCCGUAGCUAAUUCUCUUUUCUACCUGCACCUUGAAGGAAAUCAGCUCAGCAGUUUUCCAGACUUAUCCUUCAUGAAAAAAUUACUGAAAGUCUACCUCUCAUACAACAGUAUCUCCGACACGAGUUCAGGAUCCAUCCCAACUUCAGUCAGCUAUCUGGAAGCUGAAAACAAUACUAUCCGAUCGCUUGCGGGUUUUCUAUCACAGGCAGCCAAUCUUGAAUACCUAAAAUUAAUGGGGAAUUUGAUAGCAAAUUUCACUGGAGACGAAAUACCUUCUAAAGUUUCAUAUUUAGACUUGUCAAAAAAUCUAAUUACUGAACUAAAUGAGACCAGUUUCCCAACAAAGAACUCACUAGGUCUGAUUUUCUUGGACUACAACCCAAUAUCCGUAAUCUCACCAUUUGCUUUUACUAAUCUAACCAAGUUGAUUUCCCUGUCUUUGAAAGGUACACAGCUGGCUCGACUACCCCUAGCACUAGGUUCUGUAACGAAAUUGUUGUCUUUAGAUAUGAGUGAGAGUUCUAAUCUGGUCUGUACGUGUGAGGAGAAACAGGUGAGGUCUUGGUAUUUGAGCAGGCCUCUGACAUUUUAUGGGGUGUGCGGUCCUUUAAGCAUAUCUAACUUCCUGAAUGUGUUGAGUCAGGGUUGUUAG